AUGGCCCAACAACAAGAUGCAGCUGGGAUGAAUGUCCAACAAUUGAUGCAAGCAAUUCAGUCGCUGCAGCAGGGACAAACUCGAUUGCAAGAACAGUUGCAGAGGAGUUUGACAGAGAGCCAACAGAUGAGGGAUGCCAACGUUGUGCUUACUCAGAGGCUUCAACAGGCGGAGACAGAGGUUCGACAGGUCGCUGCUGUGAAUGAGGCCUUGAGGCAAGAGAGGGCCGAGAGCAUGGAGGUCUUGAAGUUGAUCCCCAAAGCCCUCGAAUCGAUCGGGGGACACAGAGAUAGAAAGAACUUGUUUGAUAGCAAAGGCUUGGGAAAGCCGCAGACGCUGGGCGAUGAGCAAGCAGAGCUUCGUUUCAGGCUGUGGAGUAUCAAACUUGAAGAUUAUGUAGCAGGAGUUUUUGGGGAAAAGUUCAGGGAAGCUAUGCAGUGGGCUUCAGAAUCAGAGGUAGAGGUAAGCAGUGCAUUGUUGGCCAAUACCUACGGUGAGCAUGCAGAUCCAAAUGAUGUCAUUGAAGACAUUGAUGACAUGAACACGAAGUUGUACAGUGCAUUGAGGUCGACAACUGAGGGGACGCCUUUUGAUGUUGUUGACAACACGUCGAGCAAUAGUGGGCUUGAGGCUUGGAGAUUGCUGCAUAGAAAAUAUGAUCCGGCGACAGGUGGGAGGAAACGCGUGAUGCUGAAUGCUCUCACUACGCCGGACCGAGCAACCUAUGAGACCUUGGCUGGAGCACUGGAAAGGUGGCGGGCUUUGAGGGCCCGAUACAAUCGGAAGAAGGAUCAGUUCGGGAAGCGUGAAGAACUUCCUGAGAGUUUAGCAAUGAAUGCCUUGGAGAAGCUUGUUCCGAAAGAUCUGGAGCAACAUUUACAGUUGAACUACACUCGCUUCAAGACAUACGACCAGAUGGAGGAGGAAGUUCGUGUGUUUGUGGAAGCGAAGACUGGUGCCAAGAUGACCAUCAGCAACAAUUUCAGUCAAUCGUCGAGCGAAGCAGUUCCUAUGGAUGUUGGAGCAUUGAUUGAUGCCGUGAGGGGCAUCAAGGACAUCGGGGCUCUGAUUAAGAGUUCCAAGGGUAACAAAGGCAAGGCUGGUGGGAAGGGCACUGGAGAUGGGAAGCGGGCUUGUGUGAACGCCUUGAAUCAGGAGCCGGAGAAGGAAGCAGAAGCUGGUGGCCUAGAUUUGUGUCACUUGAGUUCGGACUUGUGUGAUGGUUGGCUUCGCUUGAACUAUGAUACAGGAGCAGCAAUUACAGCAUUGCCCAAAGUUUACAAGUCGGAGAGCGUGGACUCGGGUCAGAGUGACCGGCCUUUCAAGACCGCAUCGGGGGAAAGGUUGGAUGAUUUGGGCAAAGCAACUAUCACAGGUGUUGAUGAGAGUGGUCACAAAAGAAGAGUCACUGGGCAUGUCACUGAUGUCCAUAAAGUGUUGUUGAGUGCGAGUUCUGUUCACAAGAAGGGCUUUGACACGUGGCUUGGCUCUGGCGGUGGCAGAUUGAUUGAUCGCUCAAGUCGGUUGUACAAAGAGUUGUGCAAAACCUACAGUCGGUUCGGUGGUGUUGGUGAGAUCCCCUUGUAUGAGGAGCGUGGCGUGUACAACUUGUAUUUGCGAGUCGGUGAGAGCGGCUCGCAGUCGAAGGUUGAGUCAGACAGUCGUUCACUUGGAUCAGUUGAGAAGCCAAAGAAGAAAGUAUCAUGGGCGGACUUGCAAGAGGAGGAGGAAACGGAGCUCCAAGAACCUGCAUUAGCUCCGUUGGAGGAAGGUGAGUUGGUGGCUGUCGAGGAGCCAGUUGAGGCUCGUAGGGCCAUUCCGGCCUUUGAUCCAGGACAGCCUACCCAGAAAGACAUUGAUGAGCAUGAAGCAAGUGGUCACGCGGUUUACAGGGCUUGGUGCCCGCAGUGCAUUGAAGGUUGGGGAUUGGGACAACGCCACAUGAGGCAAGACCAUGAGGAAGAGACAGUUUCAGUAGUCAGCCAUGAUUUCUUUUACAUGUCCCCGGAGGAGGAUGACAAUAGACCGUUUCUUGCAAUGAUCGACAGGAAGACCAAGAUGGUGUUUGCAACAGCUCUUGACAACAAGAAGGCACGGAAUGAGGCUAGCUUGCAACAGAUGAGGAAAUUUUAUGAGUUGUUGGGAUACAAGAAGUUCAUCUCGAAGAGUGAUGGUGAGCCAGCAAUGCGUGCGUUGAAGCGUGAAGCAGCUGCAGGUUGUGGGGAUAUCACAAUCAUCCCCCAAGAGUCUCCUCCAGGAGAUCACAAGGCAAAUGGUGAAGUUGAGAGUUGCAUCAAUGAUUUGAAGCGUCGCAUGCGGGCCAACAAGAGUGGCCUUGAGAAGCGUUUAGGUCAGAGCCUCCCAGAAGACCAUGUGGUUUGGUCUUGGUUGCCCCGGUAUUGCAGUGAUAUGAUCAACAGAUACAAGGUUGGUACAGAUGGUCAAACCCCGGAGGAACGUCGGACGGGGAAACAGUGGAAGAAGCCAGUUCCUUUGUUUGGUGAACGCAUCAUGUACAAAGCGGCUGGAUCCAGUGGCAAACGGAGCGAUGCAGCAGCAAGGAUGCAGUCUGGACAUUUUGUUGGAUUGCACAAUCGGUUUGGAUCAGUGUUGGUGCUCACAAAACAAGGUGUUCGGGUCGGCAGUUCGUUUCAUCGUUUGUCGGAAGCUGAACGUUGGAGCAUUGACGGUUGGAGUGAGUUGAUGGGGACCCCGUGGAAGAUCCAUGCAAUAGAUGACAGGAAGUUGGAGUCGAGCCCAAUGACGCCUGCUCCGAUGACACCUGCGUUGAUGAUGCCGGCAACCCCAGUGCCGGUAAGCUUGCAUGAGACGGCAGUGCAAGUUGAUGCAGCUGAAGACCAGGAGCAUGUGUCGCCAAGGAGUACAGCGAAGGCCAAACCAGUCAAGCGUGCCUUCAUUGAGAAGUUCGGAGCUACUCCUGGUUGUGACGGCUGCUACAGUGUCAAGAAGGGCAAGAUGAUUCAGCAGAUACAGCACAGUGCUGAGUGUCGUGCCAGAAUUUACAAAAGAAUUCAGGAAGAGCAAGAUGAAAAACAGAUUGCAGAAGACAAAAGGGCCAGAAUUGACGAGCCAUCCAGUCCUUCGAAACGAAAGGCUGAGGUGGAUGUCGAAGUGCUUGAAGGACAGAGUUCAUCAUCGGCCUCGAGGCCCUCGAGGCCUCCUGCUGCCUUGACCAGGCCGGAUUCCCCAAAGAGGCCGGCAGAAGUUGACAUUGAGACAUUAGUUGAGCAGACCAUGGCAGAAGAAGCAACCACAUUGCCUACAGAGACACCCACAGAUGCAGUCGCUAGUUUUGAUUUGAAUAGUUUGGAAUUUGACAUUGACCAUAGCUACAAAGCAGUGCAGAAACGAAUUUUGGAAGAAAUGAUUGAACAACAGUUUGUGAAAGAAGGGGUUGAUUACAAUUUUUCGGAAGUGCAAAAGAUCGCAACAUUGUCAGCAUCAAUUUGUUCAGUUGAUGUGAUGGAGAUUUUCUCUCCCAGUCGGUUCACUUCACUUGCAGCUUGCUACGGUUUGCAAAGAGGGGUGGCAGUUGAUUUGAAUGAGAUGAAACCAGAUGGGAGUGACAUGUGGGAUCUUGAUCGGAAGCGUGACAGGCUCGAGUUGGAGGCCAUCAUUGAGAACGAAGAACCUUGGUUGGUGACAGGCAGUCCUCCUUGUGGGCCAUUUUCAUCGCUUCGCAGUUUGUCAGACUACAAAAGGGAUCCUACAGUUGUAGCAGAAGAGAUUCGUGUUGGAAAAGAAAGAGUGAAGACAUCAGUCCAAAUGUACAAGAAGCAGUAUGACGCUGGUCGGUAUUUCCUUCAUGAACACCCUGAGCUUUCAAAAGCUUGGGACAUGCCAGAAGUGAAAGAGUUUGAAAGCCUGCCAGGGGUUUAUAGAGUUCGCUCGACAAUGUGUUGUUGGAAAAUGGUUUUGAAAGGUCGUGAACAAGAAGGAUACGUGCGAAAGCCUACAGUUUGGCUUACAAAUUCAAAGAAGCUUGCUGAAGUUUUGAAUCAAAUUUGUGGAGAGACCACUCCGUGUUUACAUAGGCAUGUGAGGCUCAUUGGAGGUGUUGCUAAACAGGCACAGGUCUACCCAGAUCGACUUGUGCGUGCAGUGUUGCAAGGGCUACGUGAACAGUUGUUGUCGGACAGGUCAUUGUCUUCUUUUGAGUCGUUGCAUGCGGGUCCAUCGCCGCAUGAAGAGCUUUGGAAUGAAGAGGAGUUUGCUCAGCAGGAAGAAGAGUUCAUUGAUGCAGCUGCUGGUGUUCUCCUUGAUCCGCAGAUGGUGCAGAAGGCUCGAGCAGAGGAGCUGAAAUGGGUCAAGGACGAGAAGAUUUAUGAUCGCGUUCCCUUGUGGGUGGCAAGAGAGAUUAAGAAGAAGAAGGCACCUGGUGAACAGCUUUCGGAAGUUGAGUUGUUUGCAGCCACUCCGCCAGUUGAAAUUUUUUAUUUGAUUUGUUCAAUGCUGAUGACACAGCACAAAGGUCGUGCAAGAGAUCUGAGGCUUGGUUCUUGGGAUGUGAGUCGGGCGCAUUUCAUGGGAACAGUUGAGCGUGAUUUGUUCAUUAGUUUGCCGCCUGAAGAUUUGCAUCAAGACACAGAUACAGAACCAAUGUGUGGCAAGUUGAAUCGAAGCAUGUAUGGCACCCAAGAUGCUUCACGGAUCUUUCAGAAAGAUUGGAAUCAAGUGUUGGCAAAUCAUGAUUUUGAGAUUGGAAAACUAUGUCCAGCUACAUUCAAACACAAGACACGAAACAUGUGGGGCAUGGUGCACGGUGAUGAUUUUUUGGUUCUUGCCAAUGAUGUUGAUUUACAAUUCAUGGACAGUGUGUUGCGUUCAAAGUACAAGGUUCGUUGGGAAGCAACAUUAGGGUUGAACACAACAGAUGACAAGCAGAUGUUUUUCUUGAAUCGGUUGGUGCAGCUGACGAAAAGAGAGAACGGUGAGUUUCAGUUAGAAGUCGAGGCAGAUGCCAGGCACUCUGAGUUGAUUGUGAAGCAGCGCAACCUACAUGGAUCGAAGGGAUCUGAUGUCCCGGAAGUGAAAGUCAAUGAGGUUGACUUUGAGCAUCUGAAGAAACAGUCAUUGAAUGCUGAGGACACAAAGUUGUUUAGGUCGUUGACCAUGAGAACGGCCUAUCUCUCGCAGGACAGGCCAGACUUGGCCAAUACAGCAAAGAAUUUGGCCCGUGGGAUGUCGCAACCAAAGGUGUUUCAUUUUGAGAAAUUGAAGAAGCUUGGAAGAUAUCUGGAAUGGAGCAUUCCAUGUGGAUUGACAAUGAAGUGCGAUUCAACGGCAGCUCGUGCAAUAGCAUGCCGUGUGGGUGUUGGUAAAACAAAGCAUGUGCAGGCAAGAUUUUUGUGGUUGCAGCAGCAUACAAGAGAUGGGGUGCUGACCAUAGAGAAAGUGGACGGAACGAAGAACAAUGCAGAUUUGAUGACAAAGAUUUUGAGUCGGCAGAUGAUUGACAAGCAUUUGAAACGAAUGAAUUUUGUGAGAUUUGAAUGUCGAAAUGCAAAGCAGAAAGCGUUGUUGGUUACAGGUUGA